AUGAGGAUGCAUUCGAGCCUGCAAAGCUCUUGUGGCUUAUCCAACGAGAUUUUCUGCAAGGGUGCUCUGUUCAAGAAAUGGUGGAUGAAGCACUUCGGCCAGUUCCAAAUGAAAGUGGAGAUGAGAAUAUUGAUAAGGUCAACAAUAUUCGCAAAUCCUUGGCGAUAAUGGCCAACGAUAUCUCUGCCUUUGGCUUGCCACAGCCUCAUCUUCAAAGGAUAAGACUUUGUGACAUCAAGGACAGUGAACUGGAUCCAUUGUAUGUGCAAAAAAGGGAGCAGUUUAAACAGCUUGUUGAGUCCAUUAUACGUCCCAAGAUUGUGCAGGGGAAUCCUCUAAAUGGAAAGGAGUUCAUAGCCUUCCUGGAGCAGACUCUUGAUGCCUUGAAUGAAGGUGAAAUUCCAUCUACAGGUUCAAUUGCGGAAGUAUUUAAUAAGGAAAUUCUUGAACGCUGCUUGAAGUUAUACAAUAAAGAGAUAUCCAAUUUGCAGCUGCCUGUACCAGAGGACAAGCUGCUGUUGGCUCAUGAGGUUUCAAAGGCGAAAGCAAACAAUCUGUUUGAUAAACAAUAUUUUGGUUGGCGCAGCGCUAAACAAUCCCUUCUGAAAUUCAAUAAUGAAAUCAAAAAGGUUUAUGACACUCACAUUACAGAAAACAAAUAUCUGUCAAUUAAACUAUGUGAAGCCAGCUGGAGUGAGUGCGAGGAUAGAAUGGAUGGCCUUCUAGCAACAGGACUUCCUUCCAUGAGAAAGUUCAAUGCUAGUUUUGAUCAAUGCAAUGAGCAUUUUGAAAGAGACUGUGUUGGGCCAUCAAAGGAAAAGUAUGCUCUGAAAAUGGUGAAGAUGCUUCAAAAAUGCCGAUCCCAUUUCACCAAGGAAUACUAUCGAAGACUUACAUUUAAUUUGCUGCUUUUCUCCGCCACUAUUCCUGUGGUCGGCCAUGUUGUCAAGUUUGCUUUCCUCAGAUAUUGUGGUUACUUAAUGGUUACAUUCUCACUGUACUUGGAAAUGCAUACAAGAUUAUAUGGGUCAGUGCAGUUGCUGCGUAACAGUCCUUCCUUUCAGAUUGUGGAGAUUGCAUGGGAGAUGAUAGUCGGCAACAACCUUGUCUUGAACAGAUGGACAAUUGCAGUUGCUAUAUUGCAGUGUGUUCCGAUCCUUGGCUGGUUAUUCUACAAAAAGAACAUAGAUGGAUGUCUGUUGCUGCCUUUCAAGGUGGUGCUUGGGUUGCUAAAGGCUGCUCUAGGAAAGAGCAGAUUAAGCAAUAAUCCUAAGACCCAGUAGAAUUAAUGAGCAAUGUGCAACUUCCCCUCCCUAGCUGGAGCAGGUUGCUUCAAAUUUAGGUAUGGUAGAGGUCCAAUGAACUUGGAUUCUAGUCCUCGACGCCCUAAUGGGACAAACAAUAGAUCGAAAUUAUAACUUAUAUUUUUUUAUGAUUUAAUUUGGGUACGAUUAACAUGAUACUUUAUAUCUUGUACAUUCCCUUGAAUUGUCAGAUACAUUCGUUUCUGAUCCAUAGAGAAAGCAGAUGUUAUUAUUAU